AUGGCCCCAGUUAUUUUACAUUUGAGAGCUGAAACCAAGCCUUUGGAACACAGAGCAGCUUUGACUCCAACAACCACUAAGGCGUUGUUGGAUGCUGGAUUCCAAGUUUUCGUUGAAGAAUCCUCUCAAUCAAUUUUCAAGUCUGAAGAAUAUAAAGCCGUUGGUGCCACUAUAGUACCUGAAGGUUCAUGGGUUGAUGCACCAAAGGAUCGUAUUAUCAUUGGUUUGAAGGAAUUACCUGAAGAAUCUUUCCCAUUAGUACAUGAACAUAUUCAAUUUGCUCACUGUUACAAGGGACAAGCUGGCUGGCAAGAUGUUUUAAGAAGAUUUCCUCAAGGAAAUGGUACCUUGUAUGACUUGGAAUUUUUGGAAGACGAGAGUGGAAGAAGAGUUGCUGCUUUUGGUUUCUAUGCUGGCUUCGCUGGUGCUGCUAUCGGAGUCUUAGAUUGGGCUUUCAAGCAAACUCAUGCUGAUAAUGAAGAAUUGCCAGGUGUUGAACCAUAUCCUAAUGAAGAUUCUUUGAUCAAGGAUGUCAAGGCUGCAUUGGAUGAUGCUUUGUCUAAGAAUGGUGGUGUAUUCCCUCAAGCUUUGGUUAUUGGAGCUUUAGGUAGAUGUGGUUCUGGUGCUGUUGAUUUAUUCAAAAAGAUUGGCAUCCCAGAUGACAAGAUUUUGAAGUGGGAUAUGAAGGAAACUGCCCGUGGUGGUCCAUUUGUAGAAAUUGCCGAAAGUGAUAUUUUCGUCAAUUGUAUCUACUUGUCCAAGCCAAUUGCUCCAUUCAUUGAUUUGAAAACUUUGAAUACCCCUGAAAGAAAGUUGAGAACAAUUGUCGAUGUCUCUGCUGAUACAACAAACCCUCACAACCCUGUCCCUGUCUAUACUGUUGCUACUGUUUUCAAUGAACCAACUGUUCUUGUUGAAACCACAGUAGGUCCCAAGUUAUCUGUUUGCUCUAUUGAUCACUUGCCUUCUUUGUUACCAAGAGAAGCUUCAGAAUUCUUUUCCAGAGACUUGUUGCCUUCCUUAAUGCAAUUACCCGAAAGAGAAACCGCUCCUGUCUGGGUCAGAGCUAAGCAAUUGUUCGACCGUUUUGUUGCUAAGUUGUAA